AAAAAAAAAAAUGAAUACGAUCCGAUCUACCUGGGUAGGCUGGGGUACUCUCUGCGUCGCUGGCGGCGGAGCCUAUUAUUUCGCUAAGAAAUCGAUCAAUGCGGACCGAGCCGCCCGAUAUGAAGCAGAGAACAAGCGCAAAUCGAAGCUCGCACAGAUGGAAGCCGAUUACCGACGCCAGUCGACUCUCAACGAGAGAGUCUCGACCCCGUCCGAAUCCCCUAGCUUGAAACGGGCCAACAUGGCGCAGUUCCAGAGCGCAGCGGACGAUGUAGCGUCACCAAGCGCGGAGGCCAGUCAUGAUCCCGCUCCAACCCGUCACGAACCCGAAUCCGAAGCAGACCGAGUGCUAGAGAAAGGAAAAUACGAGGCUGCUCAACCGUUCCGACCUCCUCGAGGUAAUCGAUUCAGCUGAGCGCGUUAACUCUUACGCGUGAGGGCAUGCGGAGGAGUUCAUCUUCCCUCAAACAAUAGAGAUGGCAAAACGUCAUAUGCACAUGUCGAGAGUGUGCUGAGUGUGCUAUGACUUUGUAUGAUAUCAUGCGAUUAUAUGCUUUGCGAGCUAGCCGACUUCUUAAAUCUCGCGAAGUUUGCGGGGAUUCGUGG